AUGCCGAAGAGGCAAAUCCCAUGCAGUGGAAACCUCAAGGAUCUUCCGACAACCUUUCGUAUCAACAGUUUGCUAGAUGUGCUGGCCAUCAAAGAAUGCCAUACUACUGGAGUGAAAUGUGCGAGUGAACGCAAGUUACAAGUUCAGUCUUUGAUCGAGUCGCAAAAGGAGAAAAUUAAACAGAAAAGAAACGAAAUUGUCGAACUUGAAAUACUGUGUAACCAUAUUGAGCCACAAGCCGACACAGUGAAACAAGACAUCCAUAAGUUCGCUGAAAACAUGAUCGCAGCCAUUGAAAAAAAGAGGAAGGAAAUGAUGAUCAAAGUCGAACUACAACAAAAAGAGUCCUUUGCAUGUGUGCGAACUCCAGUAUACGAGGUAAAGCGUCAAGUGAAACUGCUGGAAACAGCAGUCGAAAAAGCUGAAACACUUUUAAAACGAUGUACAAGUACCGAGUUAACACAGUCAAUGAAGACGAUCUUACCGGAAGAGGUCAGCGAUGAUGAAAAACAAUCCUCAUCUGACAUUGAAGGUCUCCGUCAGUUCCGUUUCAAAGGAAACAAAACCUUACUUGAUAGUUUAAACUCUGACAGCAUCGGCUCAUUUGUAACCUUUGUGAAUAAAACUCUCGCUCAUCAGUCAACCGCCGAAGGAAAAGGAAUCAGUUCGUCAGUUGGAAUACUUAACGGUCCAUUUAGAGUGGCAGUGAAUGAACGAGAUGAAAUUGCUGUGACUUACGCUGGUGACUACAGGGUUCAGGGUGAUAAACAGGGAGAAAUUGAUUACCCCGCUGGGCUCGCACAUGAUAGAAAUAAGAACACUGCAGUGGUGGACACUACUAACAAGCGCAUUCAAUUGUUCAAUGAGCAAGUUAACAAGGCAGGACACGUGAUGGUCUGUGACAAAAACAAUCACAGAGUUCAGGUGUUUGAAAUGAGUAGUAAAUUUGUUACAAAGUUUGGAAAAGAAGGGAGUGAGCUAGGAGAGUUCCGCAUGCCAACAUCUACAGCGGCUCA